CUCACACGGCUUUGUUCUUUUUUAAACAUCUUACCCAACAAUAGAUCCUGGCUAAAAUAGUCCAGGUACCUUCCACACUUUCACCCUAUCGUAUGAAUCCGGAUAUGGAUAAGAUAGAAUGGGAUGUCUUCAUUCAACCCUUGUCAUACCACAGAGCAAAUAAAAGAAGAAAAUGAAACGCGUUAUACGCCACAAGUAUCUAGGCUACAUCCUGCGCUUAUAAUAUCACUAUAUGCAUGUACUCUGAGCACUCUUUAUACUGCAGCUAAACCGGACGCCACAAGCAGGAUAAAAGUGGCUAAAUAUUCUACGUUUAUUGUUAUCCUACUUGGUAACUAUGUUCUCCAGACAUUUCUAUGUAUGUGAAUACAGUGCAAGAGUAUCAAAAACUGUCACGGUAUGGAACAUAUGACGGAGAAAUAUAUUGCAAUACAGAUUAACAGGCACAAAAUAUGUUGGGCAUAUGGAACAACAAUGAGCAGUGAUCUUACCCCACUCAACUGUCAUAUUGACCUUCCAAAAUGGGUUAGACUGAAAAGACGACACGUUUUUUUUUUUCUUUUUUUUUUUUUACUUUCAAACAUGGUUCUUUGGUGAUGUGAAUGGGAAAUACAGGCCA